UUGAGCGGAAACAGGUUCGCUAACAGAGUCUGCGCAGUUGGGGGAACGCGCUUGUGCGCUUGCGCCCUUCUGAGGCGCCAGGUCAGGCACACAGUUUGAAUUUUAGUUCUGGAAGCAGAUCAGCUUUCACGGAUCCGCGUUUUGGCAGUAGACUGGUUCACUCACGCCCCAGCCGCAGCGAAGGAUCUUUGCUCCCACACUCCGCGAGGUCCCUGGCCCGGAAGCCGCCGGAGUCAUCGCUUAGCAGACGCUCGAAAGAUGGCCUCAGAUCUAGAACAGUUAUGCUCUUAUGUUAAUGAGAAGAUUGGCAAUAUCAAGAAAAUUCUGUCAAUAAGAAGUCUUGGCCAAGCACCUGCCUUGAAGACCACCUUAAGUAAAAUAGGAGAUGAGAUCAUUACAGUAAAUGAACUCCUAAAUAAGUUUGAAUUGGAAAUUCUGUAUCAAGAACAAACCAACAAAUCACUUAAGGAGCUCUGUGCAUCUCUGGAAGACGAUUUUAAAGAUGUGGAGCAUCUCAAAGAACACAUUCCUUCCUAUUUGCCUCAAGUGACAGCGACCCAGAGCUUGGUUAACCAGUCGGAUCUGGAUCCUAAAGAACUAGUCGAAGCUGAGGAGCCUGUACUGGCAAAGAAGCCUCCCAAAGAACAGAAAGUUAUUAAGGAAAUGCACUUUAUAACUACUGAUGAAUUCAAUGGUGUUCCUGCGUACAUGAAAUCCCGCUUAACAUAUUGUCAAAUUAAUGAUGUUAUUAAAGAAAUUAAUAAAGCAGUAGUUAGUAAAUACAAGAUUGUGCAUCAUCCAAAAGCAUCUAUGAAUUCUGCGAAGAGAAAUCUCUACCAAAGGUUUAUUAAUGAAGAAACAAAGGAUACAAAAGGUCGUUACUUCAUCGUGGAAGCUGACAUAAAGGAAUUCACGGCUUUGAAAGCUGACAAGAGGUUGUAUGUGAUCUUGAACAUCCUGCGGCAUUGCCAGAGACUGUCAGAGGUUCGAGGGGGAGGACUCACCCGAUAUGUCCUAACCUGAGGCUUUUGCAGGCUUGGGACUGACUGGCAGGAUAUAGGGCGUAGAGGAUAGUCUUGAAAUUUCAUAUGUAAUGUUUUUAGCUUCUGCAUUUCCUAGUCUUGUUCCUUACAGAAAUAAAACUUUGUUUGGAUAAAGUAUGUGUAUCUUCAAAAUGUACUGCCUUUAGGAACAUCCCGUGGAUGAAACUGGAGCUCAGAGUACACACAUAAGCCAGAGUCAGAACAACAAAUGAUCUCAUAUGUGGAACCUAGAUGGAAAUGAGAUAGGUGUAUAAGUGCAGAUCGUGAGACUGGAAAGGGAAGGGAGAAACGGAAGAUAAUGGGAUGUUGUGAUAGGCGAGCAGAAAGGAGGACUGUCUGGAAACCAGCCCAGGGGUGGGCAUUAGCGAGCACAGGGAAGGACAGGGCAUAAUGACACACGGUGUAUGAGAAUGUAGUAAUGGGACUCAUUCCUUUGUAUGCUAACUUAAAAAUUAAUUUAAAAAAAAUCACUGCCCGAAAAACCAAAAAAAAAAAAGCCGGGCAGUGGUGACGCACGCCUUUAAUCCCAGCACUCGGGAGGCAGAGCCAGGCGGAUCUCUGUGAGUUCGAGGCCAGCCUGGACUACCAAGUCAGUUCCAGGAAAGGCGCAAAGCUACACAGAGAAACCCUGUCUCGAAAAACUAAAAAAAAACAAACAAACAAAAAAAAAAACAUCACUGCCUUGUAGCAGAUAGUCAACACUGCCGUGUCCAGCCUCUGUUUGAGGAGUGCAGUGAAAAGCACAUAAGUUUGGUUAAGUAAACAGUACUGUAGAUAUCAUGAGCAUAGAUUUGAUGUUGAGGAAGAUGAAGGUACCCAAGCCCUCUGGGGUAUAAAAUCUGAUUACUGAGUUUCCAUGUACCCUUAGGGAACAGCUUGCCUAAAAUGCAUUCAGUAUAAGCCAGCCUGUCUGCUUCAGCCUGUAAUGAAGUAUGUUGAGAUGCUGUAAUAUUGUCGUAUAAUAAAUAUGUAGUACAUCUUCA